CGAUACAACCAAAUAUAUAUAUGUCAGUCUUUUUUAUAAGAAAAAAAUUAAAAAGUCUGUUUUAGUUCCUAUAUAUAAAAUCCUUUGCCCCUAGCCGGAGGACAAAAUAAAAAAAAAAUUGAGUCAGAGAUGGCACCAGCUCAAAACACAGUCAACUCGAAACACGUGGCGGUUAUCGGAGCUGGAGCAUCCGGUUUAAUUGCGGCAAGAGAGCUCCAUCGUGAAGGUAACACCGUCGUUAUCUUUGAACGGGAGAAACAAGUGGGAGGUCUAUGGAUUUACUCACCUAAAACCGAAUCCGACCCGCUUGGUCUCGACCCGACCCGACCCAUAGUCCACUCGAGCGUCUACGAGUCUCUCAGAACCAACAUCCCGAGAGAAUGUAUGGGUUUCACGGACUAUCCGUUCGUGCCACGUGUCGGUGACGUGUCAAGAGACUCGAGAAGGUAUCCGAGCCACAGAGAAGUUCUUGCGUACCUUCAAGACUUUGCUAGAGAGUUUAAAUUAGUGGAGAUGGUCCGGUUCGAGACGGAGGUGGUUCGGGUUGAGCCGGUUAAUGGUAAAUGGAAGGUCCGAUCCAAAAACUCCGGUGGUUUCUCCGACGAUGAGAUCUUUGACGCCGUUGUCGUUUGCAGUGGCCACUAUACAGAGCCUAACGUUUCUCUUAUUUCUGGGAUAAAAUCGUGGCCAGGAAAGCAAAUCCAUAGCCACAACUACAGAGUUCCUGGUCCUUUCAAAAAUGAGGUGGUGGUGGUGAUCGGAAAUUUUGCAAGCGGUACCGAUAUUAGUAGAGACAUUGUUAAGGUCGCGAAAGAAGUCCACAUCGCGUCUAGAGCGAGGGAACCCGAUACGUAUGAGAAGCUUUCGAACAAUCUAUGGAUUCAUUCUGAGAUAGAGAAAGCAUGUGAGGAUGGAUCAAUUGUUUUUAAAAACGGGAAGGUGGUAUAUGUUGAUACCAUCGUGUAUUGCACCGGGUACAAGUAUAAAUUUCCAUUUCUUGAAACCAAUGGCUAUAUGAGCAUCGAUGAUAACCGCGUUGAUCCUUUAUACAAGCAUAUCUUUCCACCGGCGCUUGCCCCCGGACUCUCUUUUAUUGGUUUACCGGGGAUGGGCUUACAAUUCGUUAUGUUUGAAAUCCAAAGCAAAUGGGUUGCUGCUGUUUUGUCUGGACGGGUUACACUUCCCUCACCAGAAAAGAUGAUGGAAGAUGUUCUUGCGUCGUAUGAGACGCUUGAAGCGUUAGGUUUUCCCAAGAGAUAUACACAUAAAUUGGGUAAAAUUCAGGGUAAUUACCUCGAUUGGAUCGCAGAAGAAUGUGGCUGCCCACCUGUUGAACGUUGGAGAGCUCAACAAGUUAACCGUGGUUACGAGGGACUUUUAACUAACCCUGAAAAUUACCGCGACGAAUGGAAAUAUCACGAUCUCACAGAAGAAGCGUACGAGGAUUUUGCUAGGAAGAAGUUGAUUAGUUUUCCUCCUUCUCAUUACCUCGAAUCAGGAAGAUGAUAUGGAACAAUGGUGCCUACUUGCUUUUGGGGGUCCACUUGUAUUUAUAAAAAUCAAAUAUAUUGGUUUUUAAUAAGAAAGCUGAAUAAAUGUAAGGGUUUUAAAACAUUGAUUGAUGUUUUUGCAUUCACAUAUGAAAUUGUAUUUUUUUCUAAAAUCACAUGCUUUUUCUAAAAGUAAAUAUUUUUUGCAAAGUAAACAAAAAACUUUUAUUAUGUGUAUUUGAUUAACAAA